AUGGGUGACUUAGGUCUUGGGAAAGAGUUUCAUAUGAUGAGUUCUCAGACAAAUCGCUGGAUCCCGGAUCUUCUCGAGACCAGCAUGGCAGAUGUUGGUCCAACAACUCCUGUUCCAUGGCUUGCGCCGAUCCUGCAUAGACUCCCUCGCGCCGGGCAUGGUGCCAGAGCAUGGUUGGAUUUCGUUGGGUCGCAAGUUCAGGAGAGGACGCGAAAGACGGUGGACAGGCAUGACAUUCUGUCUCAUCUUGUGGAAGCAUAUGAGAGUACCGACAAGCGAGAUGUCGACUAUCAGUGGCUACGCGGUGACACCCGGCUUACAAUAGUAGGCGGCUCUGACACGACUGCAGCAACACUGACUUUCCUCUUUCAUUACCUGGCCAAAGAUCCAGUUCAAGUGGAGAAGCUAAGCAGUGAGCUUGGGCCGUUACUGAAAGGCGGGCCUCGCUUGGACCCAAAGGACGUGUCCAAGGCUCAGCAUCUCAACGGCGUGAUCCAGGAAGCUCUUCGUCUGCAUCCGGCUAUCCCCUCUGGCUUUCCGCGAGUGACUCCACUAGAAGGUAUCACCAUCAACGACUUCUUCAUUCCCGGGGGAACCACGGUCGUUAUUCCACCAUAUGCUAUGCAACACGAUGACGCCAAUUAUGUCUUUGCAGAGGAGUUUAUACCGGAACGGUGGUAUUCAAAACCGGAGUUGAUCAAAAACCCCGAAGCUUUCCUGACUUGGAACAUCGGAAUGAACGGAUGUAUUGGGAGAGCUCUAGCUAUCAUGGAGAUGCGCGACUUGAUCACUUACUUCAUCCACGCUUUCGAGAGCGUGAAGUUCGCGCCGGGUGAGGAUGGUAGGGCGCUGAUGGAAGAAACUCGCGAUCAUUUCACGGUGGGCGUGCAGCCAUUACGUUUAAUUUUCGAGGAGAAGGCCCGGGGAUUGGCCAACGGUGAAAUUGGCACGGAACCAGCUUCCCACUGA